UAGACAAACAGGAGACUUGGCCGCCCAGAGAGGCUUUAUCCGUGCCCCCUGGAUCUUCUUCCUGCGUAGACAGCCUUCGCGGAUGAGGCGUAACAUGCGGGAGGUCUCACGAGAGUGGAAGCAAAUCUCGCGAAUUUUAAAACUUACCUUUUUGCCUAGCGACUGAAAACAGGUGCUCGGCGUAGAAUCUCUCAAGUGGCCUGACCUUGACACUGGAGUGGUACCCCAGCCCUAGGCUGGGGUUCUUUCCAUUAUAGAGGACACGGAUUCAGAGGGGCUACAGACCAAGGUUGUUGAAAACCAGACAUACGAUGAGCGUCUAGAGAUUAACGACUCAGAAGAGGUUGCAAGUAUUUAUACUCCAACCCCAAGACACCAAGGACUUCCUCGUUCUGCCCAUCUUCCUAACAAGGCUAUGGCUGAUAACAGCAGUGAUGAGUAUGAAGAGGAAAAUAACAAGGUCCUAAGAGAGGGCAUGCCACAGGCUCCAGGCCACAGAAGCAAAGACAUGGACCCUGUUCUGCCUGCCUCUGCAAGUCCCAGGUGCCACCAGACCCCUUCUCAUGGAUUUGAGAAGGUGGGAUGGUACAGAGAGAGCCAGAAGCACAGAAAGGAGAAGAAAAAGACUUCACACUUGACACCUCAACGGGGCUUUAGUGAAAAUGAUGAUGACGAUGAUGAUGAUGAUUCAUCUGAAACUGAUUCUGAUUCUGAUGAUGAUGAUGAAGAGCAUGGAGCCCCUCUGGAAGGGGCCUAUGACCCUGCAGAUUAUGAGCAUUUGCCAGUUUCUGCUGAGAUUAAGGGACUCUUCCAGUACAUCAGUAGGUACACACCUCAGUUGAUUGACCUGGACCACAAACUGAAGCCUUUCAUUCCUGAUUUUAUCCCAGCUGUUGGGGAUAUUGAUGCAUUCUUAAAGGUAUAGUCAGUACAUCCUGAAAAUGACUCCUUAACUGUUUCUUCUGAUGCCCCUAUUACUCUUAACGGUUCCCCUAACUUCUUUGACUACUACUUCAGUGCCGUCAGCCAGGCUUUCUCUUUACUUUCCAAGCAACAUAUGAAAGUAAAGAGCCUGGAAGAUGCAGAAAAGAAUCCCAAAGCCAUUGACAUGUGGAUUGAGAGCAUCUCUGAGUUACACCGUUCUAAGCCCCCUGCGACUGUGCACUACACUAGGCCCAUGCCCGACAUUGACACGCUGAUGCAGGAAUGGUCCCCGGAGUUUGAAGAGCUUUUGGGCAAGGUAAGCCUGCCCACAGCAGAGAUUGAUUGCAGCCUGGCAGAGUACAUUGACAUAGUCUGUGCCAUUCUAGACAUCCCUGUCUACAAGAGUCGGAUCCAGUCCCUCCAUCUGCUUUUUUCCCUGUACUCGGAAUUCAAGAACUCACAGCAUUUUAAAGCUCUCGCUGAAGGCAAGAAAGCAUUCACUCCUUCAUCCAACUCCACCUCCCAAGCUGGAGACAUGGAGACAUUAACCUUCAGCUGAGACACCUCCCAAGCUGCUGUUUCAAGGCUGAGCUGGCCCCUCUGCCCCAGCUGAGAUGGACAGAUCGUUGUCAGCCACCUGAUGUCCUUGCCUAUGCCACAGCUUGGCUCAAUGGCAGUACAUGUCCUGCUGUCCUCUCUGCCAGGGGGCACUGCACACAUUUGUUUAGUGAACCUGCCUGCCUCAAAUUGCUGUCCCCAGGGAGUUAAUGCAUCUACACUGCUGUGGGGAUUUGAGUUAGAAGAAUUGGAAUUUCUGAGAUUCCAUGGAGGGAUUGGGAGGAAAGCUUAAAAGAUACCCUUUUUGGGAGAGGGAUGAAAUUGGUUUCUUUUUUUCAUUCUUAAAAGUUAGUGGGUAAAGAUUUUAUAAAUCAAAUGCUCUCUUGUCAGAUUACUCUCUUUAAUAUGAAGGAGAAGAGGCUGACUGAGCAUAAGGCAGAGACAAGGAACUUUAGUAAUGGGCAUUAAAUGAAGAGUAGUUUAAGGAAACAAGUUUUGUGAAAUAAAAUGAAACUCCAAUCCUCCAAGAUCGGCAGUCAAGGCGAACAAU